GAGAGGAAGCAAAGUAAUCAAAUAAAUUUGCUACAGAGUUGAGGAAAAUUGGGGGAAAAAUUCGUUAUUGAGUUGUGUUGAGCAAUUGAGCUGAGAAUCGGAGGCGGAGGAGUGAUCGGAGUGGGUUGCUGCGGGAGGAGAAAGAUCAAAGAUGCGAGGACGAUGUGGAAGGAGACUAGAGAGAGAGAGCUCGGGAACCUUCGCCCUAAUUUGUUCAGCACUCGCAUUUUCAAAUCUAGGAUUUCGUCCAUUCAGCUCUCCAAUUCCAAGGAAAUCGUCUCCUCUCAUCGCGGAGCAGUCAACUCACUUCAGGUUGAUUUGACAGAGGGGCGAUAUCUACUGGCUGGUGCGGCGGAUGCAACUGUUGCAGUUUAUGAUGUUCAGCGAGCAACAGAUCAUGAUGGGCGUGGCCGAAUUUCGAAGCAUAAGUCGUUGUUUCUCAUCAACAAGCAGCAUGAGCAUGGGCAUAAAUAUGCGAUAUCAUCUGCCAUCUGGUAUCCGGUCGACACGGGGUUGUUUGUUACUGGUUCUUAUGACCAUCAUAUCAAUGUUUGGGAUACGAAUACUACACAAGUUGUAAUGAAUUUCAAAAUGCCUGGAAAGGUUUAUAGAACUGCUAUGUCUUCAAUAGCAAGAUCACACAUGUUAAUUGCUGCUGGAACCGAAGAUGUCCAAGUUCGAUUGUGUGAUAUUGCUUCUGGUGCAUUUGCUCACACUUUGUCUGGUCAUCGCGAUGGAGUAAUGUCGUUGGAGUGGUCCACUUCUAGCGAGUGGGUAUUGGUCACCGGAGGAUGUGACGGUGCAAUACGCUUCUGGGACAUCAGACGGGCUGGAUGUUUUCGUGUUUUGGAUCAAUCUCAUUCCCAGUUAGGAAGACGUCCACCUCUCCUUGCAGCAACAAAUAAGAAAUCAUCAUCACAUCAAAGUUCUGCAAGAGCCCGGCCACCUCAAAGAAAAUCAACUAAUGGUAACACUGUAAAGUCCCAUGGUGUCACUAAGGUUCCUAGUCAAAUGAAAGGUGCAAAACAGAGAUCACAUCCUGGAAUGAUUUCGAGCCAUGAUCGUGCCACAGCCCAUUAUGGUGUAGUAACUGGAUUAAAGGUGACUGAAGAUGGCAUGUAUCUUCUAAGCGCAGGUUCUGAUUCAAGGUUGAGAUUGUGGGAUAUAGAGUCAGGGUGCAAUACACUUGUGAACUUUGAAACUGCACGCCUACAAAGUAGCAAGGCCAUACAGAUGGCUGUAUCCCAAGACUCAGCUCUUUCUUUUGUUCCUUGCAUGACCACUGUAAAAGUCUUUGAUAUUUGGUCUGGCCAAACAAAGUACGCAUUUCGUGGCCACUAUGAAAAUGUGAACUGCUGUUGGUAUAAUGCACAAGAUCAGGAGUUGUAUACUGGUGGCAAUGAUAGGCAAAUUCUUGUCUGGUCUCCACCCAAGGCCAUUUCCACUGAAGAUGAUGAAUCGAAGAACGGGGAGGCUGCCACCAGUGACCAGGAUAACUGGAGUGAUUGAGGCAUUCGCAUUCAUGUGCCUUGGUCGAUCAAAUUUCCCCGUUCUGCAACAUACAUCGUCUAGUACAAAUUACUAACAAUGCACAAUUAGUGGGUUUCAAGUUCAAAAGAUUCUAAAUGCUUUCCAUAUUGUGCAUCAAUUUUCAUAAUAUCAAGUGUUUUCAGCGUUGUUGUAUUGCAAUUUGUUAUGUAACAAUUUGUUGUGCCCUAAAAGGACUCUAUUCUCUCUA